AGCGAGGCCCGCUCAGUGCCCUAUAGGAUGCUGCCCGUUACCAGCAACCGGGAGCCCCGCGCUCCCUUCAAGCAGCGGAAAUGCUUCGCUACCAGGAAACGUGAAGUCUCCGCGGUCCGCUCUAAAUUCCCCAGCAAACUCCCGGUGAUCCUGGAGCGGUACCCCAAGGAGAAGGUGCUGCCAGCUUUGGAUAGGACCAAGUUCCUGGUCCCCCAGGAGCUGACCAUGGGGCAGUUUGUGACCAUUAUCCGGAACAGGAUGUCCCUCAGCUCCACCCAGUCAUUCUACUUGCUGGUGGAUGGUAGCCGGAGCCUGGUCAGCAUGUCGCUCACCAUGGCUGAAGUGUACACACUGAACCAAGAUGAGGAUGGGUUCCUCUACAUGACCUACGCCUCCCAGGAGAUGUUUGGCUAGGGCUGCUGGUUGCCUUGGACUCCUACUCCUCUGAAAGGAGCCAUCGUUGCCCAUUCUAAUGUUGCUGCUUAGUAAAUGGUGUGAUCCCACCCCCUCCAGUCAGAGUAGGAAUGACAGUCAGUGGGGUAUCUACCCUGGUGUGCUGAGACACCAAGGAACCUGCCCAUUUCCUCCCUUCCCCAAGUGGGCGUCUGAAUAGACUUGCUCCAAAGGGAAAGAUCUGACUUCAGAGUGAGCGUGCCUUUAGCCCAGAGCAGAUGCCUUUACCUUGCGGUGCCCAUGGGAUGGUCCUUUCUGUGUUGUGGGGAUAGUCACACCUGCCAGCCUCUUGCACUGGUGCCAGUGUGAUUCAUCCUACUGUAAGACCAACAAGAUCCCACUGCUUAAGGGUGGAGUUGGAGGACACUGCUUGGUGCUGGCUCCAAGCUCCUGCUGCACCACCUGGGUCUGGAAAAGGCCAUCCUGUUCCCUCUGACCUUGGGAUAGAGCUCACAUGGUGGUAGUUAACUUUUGGAAUAAGAAGUAAUCUUCCAGCAAUUUUCCUAGCCCCAAUGCUGACCACUGGAGACCCUUGUCCUCCCAGAGCCGGGGGAGAACCUCCUCCUCAAGGGCAGCCCUAGCUGUGGGGUAGACUGGCUCUCUUGUAAGGGAGAUUUAGUUGUGCAGGAGGGAAGGUAACCCUGCACAUGGAAUAAGCACCAUCUGGCCUUUAGACUGCAUGUGUCUUCCCUUUAGAAGCACACCCUGUAGCCACCAGUCAACCCUGUUAAAUGUUUCUGUAAA